AUGACUGAAAUCAAACCGGGCGAGGUGCUCGACCGUGAUCUGCUGGGUGAAAAGGGUCGUGUCUCACACGACGAAGUAAUGCAUCUUGGCGAGCUGACCGAGGAGGAACGUGCCAUUGAGAAGAAACUCGUGCGCAAGAUUGAUGUCAUGAUCAUGCCGUUGAUUGUUCUGGUCUACCUGAUGAACUAUAUUGAUCGGAACAACUACGCCGCCGCUCGACUACAGGGCCUUGAAGACGACUUGGGCCUACGUGGUGACCAAUACCAGGUCGGUCUCUCCAUCCUCUUCGUCAGCUACAUCCUCGCCCAGGUGCCAUCCAACCUCUUCCUCAACCAUCUCGGCCGCCCGUCCAUCUAUUUGGGCUUUUUCACCACCGCUUGGGGGUUGGUGUCGGCCAUGACGUGCUUGGUCAAGGGAUUUGGAGGCAUCAUUGCCUGCCGAUUCAUGCUGGGUCUCGUGGAAGCACCCUUCUUUCCCGGCGUGCUGUUCUUCCUCUCCAAAUGGUACACCAAGAAGGAGCUCAACCUCCGCAUGUCCAUCUUUUACUCCGGCUCACUGAUCAGCGGUGCUUUUGGCAACCUGAUCGCCGCUGGAAUUCUCAGCGGAUUGGCUGGCCAACGAGGCCUCUCGGCAUGGCAAUGGCUCUACAUCAUCGAGGGUAGCAUCACCUGUACGAUUGGCCUGACCAUCAUGGCUAUACUCCCCGAUUUUCCCGACACCUGGCGAGCCUUGUCCCCGGAAAUGAAAAGAGUGGCGAACCGUCGGCUCGCGAUCGACGCGGCCGAAGCGGAUGUCGACGUGGGCGGGGCCAUGUCACAAUUCAAGGGCUUGAAGUUGGCCUUUACCGAUUCGAAGACGUACAUGUUGGCGAUUGCGUACAUGUGCAUCACUGGCGCCGCCGGGUUCCAAAACUUCUUUCCCACCCUGACGGCGACACUGGGGUACAACCACACCAUCAGUCUUCUGCUGUGCGCUCCGCCAUACGUCUUUAUGGUCUUCUACUCGAUGGCGCAUUCCGUGGUGUCGGAUCGAGUGGGCAACCGGUUCUGGUUCUUCAUGUACCCGAUCCCGAUCACGAUUGUGGGUUGUGUCAUCUUCAUGACCACGGAUUCAUUCGGGCCUCGCUACUUCUCACUGUUUCUGCUGGUCUUUGUCUUUGCCAUGAACGGCACAUGCUAUGCGUGGAUCGCCGGGGCCAUUCCUCGGCCGCCCGCCAAACGGGCCGCUGCGUACGCCUUUAUCAACUCGAUUGGAAAUUCGGCCAGUAUCUGGACGCCCUUUACCUACCGCACUCAGGACAAGCCACAUUAUCGUCUGGCAUUGGGGAUCUGUAUUGGCCUGCAGGUGGUGGCUGCGGUGAUGGGAGUCAGCAUGCGCAUCAAACUGAGCCGGCAAAACGCAAGACUGGCGAGAAUGGAGAAUGAGGAUGUGCCUCUGACAGAGCGAGACCUGGUCAAGUUACGCAAGACGGCUGAGAUUGAAGGCAUGGACCUGGGUACUGCGAGACGGCUACAAAAGGGGUACCGGUAUAUGAUAUGA